AUGAUUAUUGAAUAUCUUAAACAAACGAAUAAACUUCGAACAAGCCCAUUAAUCAUUCACAAUGAUCUUCCAACUAAUGAUUGGACAAGGCUUUUUCAAUUACUCGCUGAAGAUAAUUUUUAUAAAGGUCUAGCUAAUGGGUGUUCUUUUUAUGAACAAUGUCUCCCGCUGAAUUGCCUAUCAAUUGGGUUUUCGUCUGCAUCACUUCAUAUUCUAUCAAAGAAACCUUGCAAUAUAGAUAAUCAUUGUUAUUUUCAUUUUGCUAAUGAAAAAGAACGUGAACUCUUACAAGCUCAAUCAAAAUCAGAUUUUGCUCGAUUUCUUAAAUAUCGUUCUCAAGAACUGCAAUCUGGUGGAAUUCUUAUUCUUAACAUUCCAAGUAUUAAGGAAAACAAAGAAAUGGGAUUUAAUUUUUAUUUUGAUCUAAUUUAUAAAUCUGCUAAAUCAUUAAAAAUUCUCACAUCACAAGAAUUAGUAGAUUUUACAAUUCCUUUCUAUUUACGUUCAUUAUCGGAAUGUCUUGAUUUCGAAUUAUUUAAUCGAUAUUUAUUAAAAUUAAUUAAAGUCGAAUUUAUUUGUUUAAAGUUGCUUAUUUUUGAUCAAUUUCAAAAUGGAGAAAUUGAAUUAGAUUAUUUUGCAAAAUCUCUUGCAAUGCUCAUGAGACCAGGUACUGAUUCAGCAUUGAAAGAAGCAUUAAAAUUAAAUCAACGAACAAAUCAAGAAAUCGAACAUAUAUCAACACAAUUCUGGUCCUUAUUCGAAGAAAAACUAAAACUUGAAUCGUAUGACGGUAAUAUUAGUACAUACGCAACUUAUUUAAUUUUAAAGAAAAACUAA